AAUGAAACCCGCUCAGUGGCACAAAAGCAUUCUCAGCCUUCAGGUUUCAACAGAUCCUUUGUAGCAACAACUCCCUGCCUCCCCGCCUCUCCUUUCUUAACUCUCCCACAGCUGGAAAAAGAGAGCGAGGACCUGGUAUUUACCUUCUGCCCCGUCAGCAGUUCCCUCACCUCUAAGCAGCCCUUUAUUUGCCAUUUCCACCCUCACUUGCGGGCACCUCAUGGCAACGUCAGACCUCAGAACAGCCUCCUCCGGGUGGCUUCUCCGCACCAGACAGCGAAGACGUCUGGAGCCAACUCAGUGCAGCCUGUGUUAACUGGUUCUCAACUGCACAGAAUAGCUCCCCAUCUGACCACGCACCACAAUUAACCACUGGGAUCUUCCAGGAGGACAGAAGCUGAGUGACAUCAUGGCCUCGGCAGGUCUCCAGCUCCUUGCUUUCAUUCUGGCCUUAUCUGGGGUGUCUGGAGUCCUCACUGCUACUCUGCUGCCCAACUGGAAGGUGAAUGCAGAGACAGGCGCCAGCAUUCUAACCGCUAUUGUGCAGGAGCACGGGCUAUGGAUGGACUGCACGUGGUACAGCACUGGGAUGUUCAGCUGUACUGUGAAAUACUCCAUCCUGUCCCUGCCCAUCCACGUGCAGACGGCCAGGGCCACCAUGGUGCUGGCCUGCCUUCUGUCUGCUCUGGGGGUCUGCACCUCUGUAGUAGGAAUGAAAUGCACUCGCUUAGGAGGGGACACACACACCAAGAGUCAAAUCUCCUUUGCUGGAGGCAUCUGCUUCAUGACUGCAGGAGUCUCUGGCUUGAUCCCAACAGUGUGGUACACCAAGGAGGUCAUAGCGAACUUUCUAGAUCUGACCGUUCCAAAGAGCAGCAAGUACGAGCCUGGAGGAGCCAUCUACAUCGGGUUCAUUUCGGCGAUGCUACUGCUUAUCUCCGGUAUCAUUUUCUGUACUUCUUAUAUAAAAAAGAACCCCAAACCACGGAUCUACCCUCCCUGGCAGCCAGAGAGCCACCUGAAGGAUUACGUGUAAAGAGCUGUGCCAUGAACACUCAAUGAGGUUUCUGGGAGCCUGCUUAAACUUCUUUAGAAUAAAGAAAACAAAACAAAACACAACCAUGCCUAACUUCCUUUAAAAGAACACAAAAUUUAAAAAAAUUGUGAUGUACUUUAAAAUGACAACAAACUACCAUAUACAAUUGUAUCUGUCUUGAAUUUCUUUAUUUGCCUAUUAUUAUACUCAUGUUUUAUUUAAGAGUAUAUAAUUGAAAGAGGCCUGACUAUAUUAAUAAGGCAAUGGGUGACAGCAUGAAUUUACUUUUAGAGAUAUAUGUUAGAUUAGCUUUUCGUAAUUAUGAUGUAUAAAAAGUACCUUCCGUUGGUGUUGAUCAGGAA